GACGACACCUGAAGGGCCCUCGGCCAGGUAGCAACAUUUGAUUGGAAACUGCUGAAUCCAUCUCCUUCGUCUCGUCUCAUCGAAACUCGCCGUUUUCAAACCCGCUCCUUUCCUUUCCUCCUACCCAAGGGAGGAGGAAGUUCAGAGAAGAGGCGACCCUCCUUUCCCCUUCUCAACCCUUGCCCUGAACGUGAAAGUGUGCGACAGAGGUGGUUGAGAAAUCGAACGUAGAAGCAGCAGCAAUGACGAGUUUUCGGACAGUUCUUCGUCCCCUGUGUGCCUGCCGAGGCCGGCAAUGCGCCACUAUGCUGAAACUGCGUACCUGCCUCAGCCAUCGUCGGUGCGCCUCUUCCAGCGUCGGGGGGGAGAUGUGUGAUCAGGUGUUUGGAACGGAACGCCCUGGCUUCCUCGUGCACGACUUCUGCCUCUCAUUCGCACCCGAACACAGGUGAGCGGCAGCAAGGCCCAUUCGCUGUGUCAAACUCUGUGUUGUCGGUUGAUCUCACUCACUACACCUCUGUCUGUCCGUCUGUCUGUCUGUCUGUCUGUGUUGUGUCUGUCAGGCAAGUUGGGUUUUAUCAAUGGCUGGACGAGGUGAAUCGGCCGCCGGUCAAGAGCGCAGUGGGGUGCUGGGCGGUGCUCGUAUGGCUGAGCAAGAAGUACGACAGCUGUGGCACCGUGGAUAAUCUCCACCACUGGCUCCGCUCCUUCGCCAAACUGGGCGCAAAGACGCUGUUGGUCGAGCCGUCGGACGCUGGUGAGAAUGACUUUUGACAGGCCGAGCAUCUGUAGGCGGAGAAAGUGUCCCAUUCUUCCUCUCUCCUCCCUCUGUGUGUGUGCGCAGAGCAGCAGGAGGGUGUGGUUCCCGAGGGCAUCUCCGAGAGCAACUUCCACUCCCUGCCGGUACUCGCGUGCACCGGCCAUGCGCCGGAAUCCCUGUCGCGCGUCAUCCCGUUCGCCGUGUCGAUCAUAUCGCCCGACUACGUGCUGCGAUAUCACGAGAUCUGCGAAACACACCCCGACGCUAAGGCGGACGUGCUCAGCAAGAGGAAGGGCACCGAGCUGCUGCCCGAGGCACUCAAAGCGCUGCCAGAGCUGCAGGUAGGCGCGUGCAUGGGAUGCACGCCUGGUGUGCGCCUGUACCGAUGCGUGUGUACGUGUGUUUGUGUGCAGGACCACUGGAAGUCAGGUCGAUUUAAGUACCUUGAGGCGGCUGUGUGUCCCGUGUGCCACGGCGUAGGCUGCCACCGUCAUGUGGGGGAGAUCUUCAAGCGGUUCAGAAAGACGAUGCGCGCCAGUGAUGAUGACUUCCUCCACGCUUGAUCGGCAGACAGACAGACAGACGGACAGACGGACAGGCACAGAGGGAGCUAGAAGAGAGAGAGAGGGUAUUUGUCGUCGAUGCCGGCACGUUUGCUGCCAGUGGCUGGCUGGCCUUGUUUUUGUGUAUAGAUAUUGCAGCAAAAGCAUCAGCAGCAGCAGCAGCACUGGAGUGUGUAUCUCUGUGAGAACUCGCAUCUCUUGUAUGUCUGUCUGGUCGAGAGGCAGGUGUGAUACCCGUUUGUUGAUGCGAUGUUCCUGUGAGGUGGUUGCUGGUGUGUGCCUGGAUGGGCGGCUCGGGGGGGCCUGUUGGUUGCCUCGAUAGGAGGGCUACAUGCAUGUGUGGCGGGCAGGAUACUAUGGCCACAUGUGUGAGACUGUCUGAGGCGAGUCGACCUCCCGUGCCUGUACAUCUUGAUGGUGCUUGGAUCAUGCUAAUGCUCC